AUGGACUUGUAUUAUCGCCACUUGUUCCCCGCAGCUAGCAGGGCAGACACCGCAGAGGACGAAGCAUCCGAGAUGACCAGCACCCAAUCCCCUCGGAGCGAAGACCCAAGCGUCCACCAAAUGGAUGGAUCUCAAAUUUCGAGCGACAAGCCAAUCCUUUCCAAGUUGGGCACUAUGUUUUUCUACCCUAGCACCAGACCUGAGAUUGAGGGUCUCCUGAUCGACUUCUACGUCAACACCAUUCAGCAGGACAAGGUGUAUUUCCUGCUGAAUCAGGGGCAGAACCCGACCACCUUCAUGUUGAUGGCAGCAUGCACUUCUCCUACCAUCUAUACUAGCAUCUUGAUGUUCACUGCAGACCGACUGGCACAAGUAGACUCGAAAUUCUCACAUGUGGUCAUGCGCUAUCGCCAGCGUACUCUCAAGGCGUUGAGGGAUCUACUGAUCCAGUGGGACGGGAGCAUGCGAGAUAUUCUCCUCGUCUCCAUGAUGCUGUGCACAGUGGAGAUCAACGAUCCACACCCAUCGACUUGGGUCGUCCAUUUUUCCGCCUAUCGCCAUGCAAUCCAGCAGCGCAUGGCUCGAACCACGAGACAUCGAGAUGAAGAUUAUGGCUAUAAUCUGGCUUACCGGUUUUUCACGCAUCAUCUCAUCAUGGCAAAGACCAUGUUCAAUGUCGAGGAGGCCAAUGGGACCUUCGUUGCUGGCUCCAAUGAUGGUAGCUCUGUCGAAGGUCUUCCGUCCCGAUGGACGUCGACGGAAAAUCUGGCUCUCGAGAUGGACAGUGACUCGCUAGAUAUCAUCGAUCCGUAUUCCAAUUUCAGCAACGGACUACUCCUCUUGGUCAGCGAAGUUGCGGAUCUGAAACGCCUGCAGUCGUUGACCCACAGACUCAAACAUCUGAGAGACAGACGGAAAAGAGAGUCGCAUCUUCAGACCAAGAUGCAACAGCUCAAAGCAAGUCUCGCCAAUCUAACGCAAGUCGCCCCAGAGUGGAUGAAGGAGAGUGAACCUGAAUCGAUGGUGGCUUUGAUCGAGCAAGUGGCCGAGGCCAACCGUCUUGCAGCCUUGAUUCUUCUCCUCCAUGAACCCUACUUGCCACCAACUCAGCACCAUACCGCCGCCACCAAGGGCGGAGGUGGUUCCCCUAAGUAUGAUAUCCCAGCCUCGCCGUCCGACGAUGCGAUUUCAGCUGCGUGUCAGCGAGAGGAAAAGGAGAAACACUUGAAACGCCUUCUCCAGCUUAUUGAGGGCUUUAUCGCCUCCGCGUCCCUGCUAGCUCCUAGCUGGGGGCUCUGGUCGACUUUCAUCGCCGGAUGCUGCACGGAAAAGGAGGAAAACAGGGUUGUGGUCAUGGGAAUUUUCAACACUGCCAUUAGAAUGACACAGAGGUCGAACAUCAUAUCCGCAUUCCGCGUCCUCCAGGCAGUGUGGCGCCAGCGCGACCUGCAGGCCGACGUGACCGAUGUCUGCGUCCGCACUAUUUCACGGCGACGGAGGCGCGAGAAGCAAGCUCGUAGCGGCCAAACCGCGCCCUCGGGGUCCGAUGCACCGCCAGAAUACAUCUAUGAAUGGCAGAGCGUCAUGGACAUGAUCGGACAACGAAUCAGCCCAUUCUGA